AUGUAUCAACAACCAAAUCAUUCAUAUGCUUCAACUGAUUCAUUAAGAAGAUUAUCAUCAAAUAAUCCAUUUAGACAAUUUCAACAACAAAAUACAUCUUCUUCUUCAUCAUCAUAUUCACAUUUACAACCACAACCUAAUAUUAAUUUAAAUCCAUUACAACCAUAUCAACAACCACAUCAUUCAAAAUAUCAAGAUCAACAUUAUUCAUCAUCAUCCAUUUCAUCGAAUAAUAACAACCAGCUCAAUAAUAGAAGAAAAUCAUCAAGUUUAAGUAGACAAUCUACAAAUUCAACAACAAAUACAUCAAAUUCUAUAACAAAUACAAAUAAUAAUUCAAAUUCUCAUUUUGAUAAUUGGGUUGAAAAAAAUAAAAAUUUGAUAAGAAAUCAAUCAAGUGAUGAUGAUGAUGAUUAUGAUGAAUACUAUAGUAAUAAUAAUAAUGAUUAUGUUCAUAAUGGACGUAUAACUAAUACAAAAUUAAAUUAUAGAAAAUCAAGUGAUCAAGAUUCUCAAAUUAGUCCUAAUAAAAUAUUAAGUUAUUAUCAAAAUACUAAUACUUCAAUUGAUAGUAUUAAUCAAAUAAAUCAUAAUCAAUAUAAUAGUAAAAAUAACAAUGGUAACAUUAAUGGUCAAGCAAAUGGUAAAAUUAAUAGUAAAGUUACAAUCAAAAGAUCAAGUUCAAAAUUAACAAGACCAAUUCAAUUACAAGCAUUUAGAUCAGAUAGUGAUUCAAGUGUAAAUUAUAAUAGUAAUAAUAGAACUAUGAAAUCAAAUAAUCCAUUUGCAUCUGCAAUUAAUGAUUCAGAUGAUAUAUAUGCAAGUUCGGAAAGAGAACCAUUAUAUCAACCACCACCUCAAUCACAACAACAACAACAAUCUAUACCGCAAAAUCCACAACAUAGAAGUACACCACCAGCAAGACCUCCUAAACCACAACAAGAUGAUUUUGCUCCACCUUCAUACGAAGAAGCUGCUGGAAAAGAAGCUGCUAAAAGAGAAUAUAGGAGAGAAAAAGAAAAUAAUGGAACAAGUAGUAGUAGUUCCAAUGGUCAUACAAGAGAACAUCGUUCAAGUUCAGAUCCUCAUAAACAUAGAUCAUCAUCACAUCAUAAUUCAAGAAGUCAUAGAAAAUCAUCGAGUUCAAGAAAUAAAUCUCCAUCCAAGAAGAAAGUUGAAACAAUACCUGCUAAAAAUUUAGAUACUAUUGAUAAAUUAGAUGUAACUGGAUUUUUUGGAGGAGGUUUUCAUCAUGAUGGACCAUUUGAUGCAUGUACACCUCAUAGAAAUAAAAAUAAAAAACAAGCACCAGUAAUGGCUUUCCCAGUAGAUGGUCCAAAUAAUUCAAUAGCUGGAUCAGGCGGUAAUAUUGAUAAAGAUGCACAAAUGAAAUUAGCAUUUGGAAAUUAUGAUGAUAUUGAUAAAAAUGAAAUUGUUGGUAGAAAAUCUUCAAUAGUUGAAGAAUCGCCUGCAAUAAAAACAAAUAGAAUAACAAAUGAUCCAUCAACAAGUAUUUAUACUCCAAAACAAAAUCCAUCAGUUAUAAAUUUCGAUGCAACUGCAAAAACUCAACCCAUUCAUGGUUAUUCAACUGAAGGUCUAGGUUCAACUACUUUUAUUGAUGGAGCUCCUGCACCUGCUCCAAUAAGAGCUAAAUCUUUAAGUAGGACAGGAAGAAAUGGUAAUAAUAAUAAAGAAGAAGAAAUUUCUUCAUCACCUCAACAACAAAAUUCAUUUCUUCGAAGAGUUAAAAGUUUAAAACAUAGAAAUAAGUCUUAG